AUGAUUGAAAAUAAAAUAGAACUGAAUUGUGCACUCCAUACAAAUAAAAAUUUAGAAUUUUUAUGUUUAGAUUGUAAAUUAAUACCAUGUUGUACUUUAUGUAUUUCUAGAGGAGGUGAACAUCAUCGUCAUGGAAUUGAUUCAUUAGAAUCAAUACAAACAUCUUCAAUUCUUUCAAUGAUGAAUAAUUUUAAAGAUGUUUAUCCCAAAGUAAUUGAAAGAAUAGAAAAUGAUCAACAAAUAUUAAAAGAUUCUGAUGAAAUUUUCAAUGAAAUUCAAUCACAAUAUAAUAAAAAUAAAAUCACAAUAAACGAAGAAUUUAAAAAAAUUCAUAACAUACUUUCAAUAAUCCAAUUGGAUAUUGAAAGACAAUUAACAACAGAUUUCCAAGAAAAUACAUUAAUAAACACAACUAUAACCUCUUCAAUAAAUAAUAAUAAUAAUAAUAAUAAUAAUAAUAAUAAUAAUAAUAAUAAUAAUAAUAAUAAUAAUAAUAAUAAUAAUAAUAAUAAUAAUAAUAAUAAUAAUAAUAAUAAUAAUAAUAAUAAUAAUAAUAAUAAUAAUAAUAAUAAUAAUAAUAAUAAUAAUAAUAAUAAUAAUAAUAAUUCAAUCACAGAUAUAUUAAAUAUUUCUAUAAAAUAUAUACAACAACAAUAUAAUAAUGAUGAUCACUUUAAAAUAGAUUCAAAUUCAAUUGAAUUAAUAAAACAAUACCAACAAUCAUUACUAUUAUUAAAUAAUAAUAAUAAUGAUAAUUUAAAUAAAUUAAAAGAAUAUAAUAAUCAAACCAUUAAAUUCGAUAAUCAAUUAAUUAAUGAUAUUAAAAAUAAUUUAAAAACAAUUUAUUCUUUUGAAAAUAAUAAUAAUAAUAAUAAUAAUAAUAAUAAUAAUAAUAAUAAUAAUAAUAAUUAUAAUGAUAAUGAUAAUAAUAAUAAUUAUAAUGAUAAUAAUAAUAAUUAUAAUAGUAAUAAAGCUGAAAAAUUAAAUAUCGAAAUUGAUGAAAAUAAUUAUAAAUUUAUAAAGAAGCGAAAUAAAAACUAUUAUAUUUAUUCAGAGAAUAAUGAAUUUCCAAAAAAUAAAGAAGGUAUUGCGUUUGGAGAAGAUUGUGGUAGUUUAUUAGAAUUUAAUUGGAAUAAGAAUUUAAAGAAUGUUAUGUUAUUAGAUGGAUUUAAAGAAAGUUUAGAACCAGGUGUAUUACCAAAUGGUAUUGUACAUUUAGAGAUAGGUGAUAUUAAAACACCAUUAGUAGUUGGAUCAAUACCAUCAACAGUUAUAAGUUUAACAUUUAAUGAUGGAUUUAAUCAAUCAUUAGAACCUGGUGUAUUACUAAAUAGUAUUUUAAAUUUGAGAAUAGGUGAUAUUAAAACACCAUUAGUAGUUGGAUCAAUACCAUCAAGUGUUUUCAGUUUAGCAUUACAUGAUGGAUUUAAUCAAUCAUUAGAACCUGGUAUUAUUCCUCAAAAUAAUAAAUAUAAGGAUUUUUCAUCUAUGCAGGGUGUAAAAUACCUAACAUUACAUAAUAUUAAAAGUGAACUAAACAUUGGAUCAAUUCCAAAGUCAGUAUACCAAUUGACUCUAAGAGAUGGGUUCUCUAAAACAUUAAAGCCAGGUGUUAUUCCAAGAAGUGUAGAAAUUGUAACAUUACAGGAAAUAACAAAACCAUUAAUAAUUGGAUCAAUACCUUAUACAGUUUUAACAGUACAAUUUCUUACAGGCUUUAACCAAUUACUUACUCCAGGUAUUAUACCAGAAGGUGUUAAAGUAUUAGAAUUCUACCAAGUUAAGGACUUAUUAACUCCUGGUUCAAUUCCUAAAUCGAUUUAUUCAUUAAGUUUCAAGGAUGGUUUCGAUCAAAUAUUAUCACCAGGUAUAAUUACUGAUGGAGUGUGUGAGUUAUAUUUGCGAGGAAUUAAACAACCAUUAGUAUUGAAUUCAAUACCAAAUUCUGUCACAAAAUUGGAUAUCUAUAAUGAAUUUAAUCAAGAACUAACACCAGGAAUCAUUCCAAAUUCAAUAAAGGAAUUAACGUUAGGUAGUUUAAAUACACAACUUGUUGAAGGAUCAAUACCAAAAACAAUUCAAAAAAUUAUUUUAUAUGGUAAUAUUGAACCAUCAUCUUUAGAUGUUUGUAAAUUAGAUAAAUCUGUAUUGAUAUAUAAAAAAUAA